GCCGGGGUUUUACACGGCCUUCGCUCCAGGGUUUAAAGUUUAAUAAGCUGGUCUGUGUUGUAGCAUAAUUAGCAAUGUUGUGUGUAUACAUGGGUUUAAAAAACAAAACAACCCAAACGCUUUUCAAUGGGAGGCAGCCUGUAGGAAAAAUACCCUGAUGGUUUAUGGACUGGAAAAGCAAAAGCCCUUAGGGUUAAAGAGCGCUCGCAACAAACUUAUUUCUCCGUGGUACAGCUCACAACUGCUAAUGCGUUAGAGAGUAAUUAAGGACCGUGGGACAGACAAGCUUUGGGUUGUGGUUGAGCUCAGACCUGUAAUGCUGAGAGCUGGAAGGGUUGGCAGCCUGUGCUUGUGUAAAACUUGGUGGGGGGAAGCUCCUUUCUUCCUCAGCUCUCCUUCAGCCGGGCAGCAGCGCUCUGGUGUGACCUGCCUGCCCUUCCAGCCCGUCAUGUUUCAAAUCCCAAAGUGCUUCUGCGAGUGGGAGAGGGAGGAACAGGCGCAGGAGCUGUCGGACCUCUUUGGUAGCGCUAAGUGUGUUUAAGCAUUUGCCUGCUCUAAGCUAAGCAACUUCGUACUAAGCAACUUGGUGAGAACCUGAACUGCCUGUUCAUUAAGUAGGUAUUUAAUGCAUUGUGUGCACUGUUCCUUAAGCUGGGCACGGUUGCGGUCUCUAGUGUAAUCAAACUGAAAAUGUUAAUUGCAGUUUGUAUAAUGAACACUGAUGACACAUCCUGUGACUCUUGAAGAGAGUAAGGCUGAGUACUAUUUCAGAGAGCAAGGCUGAAGUCAGUCUAAUACCCUGCACCUUGAGGCACGUCUGCUGAAGUGGUACUUACACCUCUAAUAUUAAUGAAGCAGAGUUGUAACACAGACACGAAGAAACCUCUAAAAACGUGUCUGUGGUACUGACUUAAAUGAGGCGUUGUGACGUGCAGCUUUUGUUUUCUUCUACAUCUUUCCCCCCUGACCUCGUUCCUUUAAGUCUGGGUGAUGCUAUUGUCUACAUGCUUGUGUUUCCAUUUGAGCUGGAGGUGCCUGAUCAAAAAUCCUCUUGCACCCCCAAAAAAGCAAACAUUUGCCUAGCUUGUAAAGUUAACUUAAACACUGGGUAGUUCUCAAAGGUAAGUGGAAAGGUUUCCUGAUGCUGCUUUUUAAAAGGCCCAUCUGCAGAAAAGAAUCCUGUGGAAUGCAGAAAAUACUCCAAGCACCAGGAGAGUAUACUUCCACAGGAUGUAAAAUCUAAGGCUUAUUCACCUAGAAUAGCUUACUCUUACUCAAAGAAGAACCUUCAUCUAAAAUAAAUACUGUUUUCUGUCUCUGAGUUGCUAAGAACAGGAUUUGAUGUUUUGUUUGCUGAUAUCAAGCAAAACUGGCUUUUUACUGCAAACUUGCAGUUAUCAAUCUCUAACAUGAACAGAAACAGGUUUAAGUUUAUGAUUAGUAGUGGUGUCUUUAGAGGGGGAAAAAAAAUACCCAGCAAGAUCAAGCAAGGAUGUUCUUUCACAGUUUCCUUCAUCAGCUGUACUUUAGUUUGCCGCAAAGAGCGCUCUCUUAGUCCUGUGUUUCUGCUUGCAUUGGCUCAAACAGUCAUCUGGUCAACAUUAAUUUAUUUUUGGUUAGCUGUAGUGUUUGUUUGGAACAAAUACCUGCAUGGCCAUAUGUGUGCCAGAGGCAAUGUAUGGGAAGUAGUAAAGGGAAUGAGGGUCUGCUGUUCGUCUUGAUGUCGUCGUCUUGGAUCAGCGUAGGUUCUUGGCAUUGAACUCUUGUCUCUCAAGCUUAAAGUUCCUAGAGUCAGUGUCAAGCUACUAAACUGGUGAAAAGUGUGAUUCGAGCUGUCAUACACAGCACAAGUGGGUCUGGUCCCUCCUUGUGGUGAAACCAUUUCUUUCUCUCUUAAAGUACAGCAGUACAGGAGAUGGUUGGGCACUUGUUACACCUGGGGAAGCUCAGUGAAGAUUCAGAUGUGGCCCAGCUAAGGAGUAGGCACAAAUCCGAAAGAGUUUACUUGUACAUUGCUCCCACACAGCACUGAUUGAAGUGUCUAGAGUGUGUUGGUUGUGAACAGCAUCUGUGGAACUGUUCCUCCUAGACAUGUUCACUUCCUCGGUGCUGUGACGGGCUGGUAUGAGAGUCACCAUGGUGGCUCUGUUCUCUGCAGGACUUUAUCAGGGAGUGAGCAGUCCUGGUGUCAGGCCAAACUUGCCUCAGUUAUCUCACUGUUAGUGCUUUUGAAAUACCAUUUUGCAAAAGAAGCUUUGUGAUAGUAUAUUGUUGUUGUGGGUUUUUUUUUUUUAGGACAACCAAACUGCGUACGUUAUUAGAAGGCCUUUAUUACAUGCUGUAGUUUAGACUUAAUCCUGAGUUGCUAUUAAAAGUAGAUACUUAACCUGUUUCUUUUCUGUUUUCUAGCCAAGGUACGAGUGUCUGUCUAGAAUGUCCAGGCAUGCACAACAGCUUAGAGACCAUGAUAUAAAUCCAUGUGUAGCGGAAACAGAUGCCUCUAGAAAAUGCAUGGACGACAACAACUAUAAGAAGGAUAUGUGUACUGCUUAUUUUUUGAAGUACAAAAACUGCAGAAAAUUCUGGCAUGACAUUAUGAUGCAAAGGAAAAGAAGUGGUGUGAAGCCGGAGAUGCCCACAGCAGAAGAGAGAAGGAAAAUAUUGGAAUCAAUGGGGCAGCCCUACUGACUAGGAACUUGCACUGACUGACUGUUUUCACUGUACAUAUGAGGACUUAACGGCAGCAACUUGCCUUUCUGUGAACUGGACUUCACAGUUGCCAUAUCUUGGAUUAAAAUAAGUUCUUAAAUUUUGAAAUGUGUGAGCUUUCUAGAAUAGAACUUCUUUGUUUUAUUCAUAUUCCAUGUCAUGGGAACGUGGCUCCUCCCUGGAAGACGUGGGUUUCAACACAGAUUAUGCCUAGACACUUGGGAAGUGAAAACUAAUUUGCUGUGAAAUGCUAAAUAUAAAAUUAAUGGGACUCUCAAAGUUUUUUUUGAAAAGAGGGGGCUGGUGAGUAUGGCAGGGUAGAUCUAAGGAUGGAGCAGAUUGAGAGGCUGGUACAUGUUUCUUGUAUCCAGCUAUUCUGUCUUAUAUUCUGGAUUUAUCAUGUGUGAUCCUAUCACUGUUUUCACACAAGUUGUAUCCUCUGUCCCUGGUUUAAGUAAGACUGUUCAUGAACUAAAAUCCCAGUUCCAACAA